UUUCUGCUUCCUCUACGGUUCUUCCUUGUGAAACUGGACUUUCAAGUCGGAGCAGGUACCGGAGUGCGCGAGCUGCCAGAAGUGGGUCUACAGUUUGAACGCACCACUGACGUUCUCUUGUCAGUGAGAAAGCAGCAGCUGUCACAUUUCUGUGCGUCUGUACUUCAUAAACGAUACGUACUUUUACUCUUUAGAAGCAUGGCGCGCGGCCAUCAGAAGAUCCAGUCGCAGCAGAAAAACGCCAAGAAGCAGGCUGAGAUGAAGAAGGCCAAGGGUCACGACCAGAAGACGGCAGCCAAGGCAGCACUGGUGUUCACCUGCUCCGUGUGCAAGUCCCAGAUGCCUGAUCCGAAAACCUUCAAGCAGCACUUUGAGAGCAAGCACCCCAAAUCCCCUCUGCCCCCUGAGCUGGAGGGAGUAGAGGCAUGAAUUGGCCAAACCGGACACCAGAAUCCCAAAGGACCCGAAUAAAACCCGGCACACAGAGAAGCUCUCCAUCUUUGAAUGCCUCCUCCCGGUCCAGUUCUAACUGCUCAUGCUCAGAUACACAUAGGGCUACAAAUCCAAAUCUGGUGAUGAUUUCAGGGCCAACGCAGACCCGCCUAAACCCUAAACUUCCUGUCUUGUGAAUAUAACUCCUAACUAGGCUUCAGUGGAUAAUCCUCAUGAAGGAUUCAGGUUUGGUGGGA